AUCGGUCAACAAGAGGACCUGAGGAGGAGGAGGAGGAGGGAGGGCACCGGAGGGCACAGGGCAGCAUGUUUACUGCCCCCUACUCUCAUAAUUAGUUGUUCCGCUCGAUUACCUCGCUUUAUUUGAUUUUCGAGACACUCUAAACCCGCCUGUGGAGGCGCACCGACAAUGUUUUUGUUACGUACGGGGAAGCUGUCGGCAGCGGCUCUGGAUCAGGCUCUCCAGCGUCCGGGCUCGUUUCUGGUGCGGGUCAACGCAAACGGACCGAGGGACGUCUCGCUGACGGGCCGGACGCUUCGGCGGCUCCGCUUCCUCAGCGCGUCCGCCGCCGGCGGGCUGGGGCCAAGGCGGGCGCACCGAGAGCCCGAGCCCGUCCACCACUGGGACACGUCGGCUUGUUUGAUAACAACGGAGCGGGGACUCUUGGACCGGGUUGCAGCCGCGGCUGUGAAUUUCUCCAGAAGCGUGCACCGGGGAGGCGGUGAAUCGUCCGCCACGGGGCUCGGGGGAGACGCGAAGGUCGCCGCUUUGUUUACAGGUAGCAGCCGCGGCAGGAGCAUGCCGAGCAGGGCUGCGUCCACCGGCGCAGCCACGAAGAGGAGCGAUCAGCAGGCUGACAGCAGCAACGCGGAUCACCAGGAGGCUUCGUCAGCCUCAAGCACAGAAAAAAACCCUGGAAACACACCGGAGCCAGAGGGAGGGAAACCCAACAAGACCCAGCAGCUAAAGAAAAUCUUCAAAGAGUACGGCGCAGUGGGGGUUUCCUUUCAUAUUGGAAUCUCUCUCAUGUCGCUGGGAAUGUUCUACCUCCUUAUAUCCAGUGGGAUCGACAUGACGGCUUUGCUGUGCAAACUGGGGUUCAGCGAGGAGCUGGUUCAGUCUAAGAUGGCAGCUGGAACCAGCACGUUCGUCCUCGCCUACGCCAUCCACAAGCUCUUCGCUCCCGUUCGCAUCAGCAUCACUGUGGUGUCGGUACCUCUCAUCGUUCGCUACUUCAGAAAGACUGGACUCUUUAAACCGCCCACACCUGCACCCUGAUGACUCUGCUCUUCUCUCCUGCUGCCUCAUGAAACAAAAAACAUCCUGAACGGUCAUAAAAUAAAAAGCCCCUGUGUUUAUUUUAUUUUCCAAUUCCCUUCUCCUCAGUACAGCAUAUCAUCUUUUUGCAUUUGUGAAAUCAGGUAAAAUAUUUUCAGCAUGUUUUGUUUUUUCCUGCUGUAAAAGACUGUUUUACUUUGGGAAGAAAUGCUGAUGUCAUGUCUUAUUAUUUAUUCAUUCUUGAAAUGAAGGGAGAGAAAAUGAUGUCUGUUUAAUUACAGUCAGGGAUUUUAAGUUUUGAGCUCUUUGGCAGAUUUGUUUCUUGACCUUUUGCUAAACUGCGACACCUUCUAGUGGGGUCUUAAUGAGUUCAAGCUGUGAAACUUUCCAUCGGGGAAUAAAGAGAGAAAAAAGUGGAUCCCUUUUCAAUUCUGCUCCAAUAGCUGACUCUGCUGUAUUCUGGUGUUGUGAGUCAGCAGAAUGCUUCAGGUUCCCUCUGUUUAAACCUUUCACCCCUUUUUCUCCUUUCCAUUUUUUCCCACUUCUUCUUUACUUCCACUUUUUUCCUUCAUUCUAAUUUCAAAAACGCCCCAAACCAGGUAGUGACCCCAUAUCGAUCACUGAAUUAAUAACAGUGUCUUUCAACAUAUAUUUUAGAUGUAAAAUCUUGUUUUUUUCGGGGGGUGAUUGUAUUAAACUAUAUAAUAUAAAAAGUA